AUGCAGGCGAUUAAAUUUGUGUCUGAUGAACACUGGGGCACAGAGCGGGACAUAGUCACCCAACCCCCGCCGAGGGGAUGGGUAGUGCCGCGGUCCCCCGGGGCUAGAGCUGUUUCCUAUCCCGCGAAAGGCGGUGGUCGUGCUCCCCCUGUUGCGCCAGAAGGGGGUCUCAGCGGUCCCCAUCCUGUGCCUCCUUGCACUCCUGCAGACGCCACCUCUACUGAGGAGCGCAUCGAAGCUGCCAGGGGCCUCCCAGGACCAGACCCCGGCCAGCCCUCGCCAGCCCUGGAGGACUGGGAGGAGGCCAGCGAGUGGACGUCAUGGUUCAACGUGGACCAUCCGGGAGGAGAUGGCGACUUCGAGAGCCUGGCCGCCAUCCGCUUCUACUACGGUCCCGCGCGCGUGUGCCCACGGCCUCUGGCGCUGGAGGCGCGCACCACAGACUGGGCGCUACCGGCCUCCGUGGGCGAGCAGGUGCACGCCAACCCAGCGCGCGGCUUCUGGUGCCUCAAUCGGGAGCAGCCGCGAGGCCGCCGCUGCUCCAACUACCACGUGCGCUUCCGCUGCCCACUCGAGGCUGCGUGGGGACCAUGGGGUGCGUGGGGUCUCUGCUCCAAGAGCUGCGGGCCAGGCCGUCGCCUGCGCCGCCGCAGCUGUCAAAGCUCGUCUGGGGACACGUGUCUUGGUAAUCCCCAGGAGGCGCAGAAGUGCGUGAGGUCCCGGUGCCCAGGGUGUAGCUCUGACACCUGCAGGUGCCCUGACCACAUCCUCUUGGGCUCAGUGGUCACCCCAUCUGGGCGACCGCUGCCAGGAGCUAGGGUCUUCCUUAAAGCCAGACCUGGCACCAUAGCCACCAGUGACACCCAUGGAACCUUCCUGGUGCCUGGAGUCUGUGCUGGCGGCCAGACCAAUGUCAGUGCCCAGAUGGAUGGCUUCUCCACCGGUACAGCACUGGCCCAUGCCAACAGCUCCAACUCAGCCGUGGUGACCAUCGUCCUCAAAGAGUUAGGGAAACCAUACCUGGUAAAACACCCCGAGUCCCGAGUGCAAGAGGCAGGCCAGAAUGUGACCUUCUGCUGCAAGGCUUCGGGGACCCCCAUGCCUAAGAAAUAUUCCUGGUUCCACAACGGGACCCUGCUGGACCGGCGCCAGCAUGGGUCUGGGUCGCACCUGGAGCUGCGGGGGCUUCGCGAGGACCAGGCAGGGGAGUACCACUGCAAGGCUUGGAACGAGGCUGGCGCCGUGCGCUCCCGCGCCGCCCAGCUCACGGUGCUCGCUCCCGGCCAGCCGGCCUGCGAUCCCCGACCCCAGGAAUACUUGAUCAAGCUUCCGGACGACUGCGGCCAGCCGGGCGGCGGCCCC